GCCUGUUUUAAAACGGUUCUAUUAAUAAUUCUAUAAGAAAUAAUAUAUGACAGAAUCAAUUUUAAACCAUCAACCGUCUAUCCAUUGUAGAAAGUCCUGUUGUGCUGGUUUGUUUUUCCUUCCUGUGAAUAAUGUUGUAAAGAGCAGCGUGUUUGUGCGUCACUGAGAUUUCAAGACAGUUCAUACGAUAACUUGUUUUUCCUAAGUGCAUGUAAAAGUACUGAAUGCAUUGUGUGACUGAGCACAGAUGGAUGUUUCUAAAACGUGUUUGUCUUCUUGUGGCCUGCAGACGUCUGUGAAGAACAUCUUCUCCCUGAGCAACAGAAGUGGAGCUUCAGGAUGGAGCCACAGCCCUCCCACAUUAAAAAGGAAAAGAAACACCCACUGAUCCCCCAUUUUAAAGCGGAAGAGGAUGACCCACUGACCACUCACAUCAAAGAGGAAGAGGAGGACUCAUUGACCCCCAAUUUUAAAAAGGAAGAGGAGAAGCCACUAAUAACCCAUUUUAAAGAGGAAGAGGAGGACCUACUGACCCCUUACUUUAAAGAGGAAGAGGAGGACCAAGAGCCGCCGCACAUCAAAGAGGAAGAGGAGGAAGAGGGCAUCAGUCAGCCUAAAUGGUUGGAGGAGUUCCCAGUGACUGGUGUCCCUGUGAAGAGUGAAGAUGAUGAGGUGAAAGGUGAAAGUGAGGAGAGGGGAGGGGGGGAGCCUCCAAGCAGCAGCUCAACACAACACAUGACAACAGAAGCUGAUGGAGACCACUGUGGAGGAUCACAAGCAGACAAGCUCUUAGCUCCACUAUCAGAUAGUGAGGACACAACGUCACACUCUCCUGACACUGAUGAUGAAGACUCUAAAGAUGAUAAGACAUGUCACACUGACAACACUCACUUCACAUCUUCUCACUGUCACAAAACCUUUAAAUACCAUUGUCGUCUAAAAUCACACAUGAGAACACACACUGGAGAAAAACCUUUCUCUUGUUCAAUCUGUAGUAAAGGUUUUACAGUAGGUCAUAGUUUGAAAGUACACAUGAGAACACACACUUGUGAAAAACGUUUUUCCUGUUCAACCUGUGGUAAAGGUUUUACACAAAGUCAGAGUUUGAAAAUACAUAUUAGAACACACACUAGAGAAAAACCUUUUUCUUGUUCACUCUGUAGUAAAGGUUUUACACAAAGUAUCAAUUUGAAGGUACACAUGAGAACACACACCAGUGAAAAACCUUUUUCCUGUUCAAUCUGUGGUAAAGGUUUUAGAGAAAGUCAACAAUUGAAAAGACACAUGAGAACACACACUGGUGAAAAACCUUUUUCAUGUUCAAACUGCGGUAAACAUUUUACUCAGAGGCCAGAUUUAAAAGUACACAUGAGAACACACACUGGAGAAAAACCUUUUUCAUGUUCUAUCUGUGGUAAAGAUUUUACUCAGAGGCCACAUUUGAAAGUACACAUGAGAACACACACUGGAGAAAAACCUUUUUCAUGUUCAAUCUGCGGUAAAGAUUUUACUCGAAGGGAAAAUUUCAAAAAGCACAUGAGAAUACACACUGGAGAAAAACCUUUUCCUGUUCAAUCUGCAGUAAAUAUUUUGCGCAACGGCACUCUUUGAAAGAACACGUGAGAACACACACUGGAGAAAAACCUUUUACAUGUUCAGUAUGUUGUAAAAGUUUUUUACAAAGUCAGCAUUUGAAAAGACACAUGAGAAGACACCCAGGAGAGAAAGUGUUGAGUUGCAGUGU